GUAGAGCCGAGGCCAGUGAGCUAGCACAAGCAAAAAGAAAAGCGUGAGCAUGAGCAGCGACCGCAACUGCUACGUUACCUUUGACGAGAUAACCGCGCGCCAAGCUGCGCCACUCCGGCGUCCAGGGGCGUCCUAAGGACACGCUCGCUCGGCUGAGAACCGGAACGUGCAAAGCGUGUGGCACGUCCAGAAGGGAGUGGGUGUUGGCGCUUGGAGGGGCGCCGGAGAAAUCAGGGCGUGAGAAGUAUCCCGGGGAUUUUCCGGGGGUUGGCGUGGGAAGGGGGGAGGGCGCAGGGAGGACAAGUUCGCGACUUAACCCUUGACUAUAUGCCCCAAGGCAGCGAGCGCGAGUGGCGCGAGUUCUGGAUACUGAAGGGAGCGGCUGAGCGCCGCAUUCUUUGAGGAUAUUGCGCGAUGGCGGUUUGCUUGGGAAAUAUUUGCCGAGUUGUCGCGCGCGCGCCCAUUGCUGCCGUACACUUCGGUUCCCAGCGAGCGCUCAGCAUUCGUCGCCGCGCAAGCUGGCUGCAAGAGCGCGUAUCUAACACACGUCGCAAUAAGGCAGUAAUCUUGAACUUCUACACGCACAACAAACUCGACUAGGUCCCAGCGGUCCCAGAAUCGCUAGGACCACCAUGCUCUCGAACCUCGCGCAUCCGCCUUAAUGGCACAUCAAUUCAACGGACCAGGGGGUCCAGGAAGCUCAGUAUCACCUCCUCCGCAGCUUAAGCAGGAGGCUGUGCCAGCGGCGCAGAAUGCAGCGGAGCCCCCUCCCUCAAAGACUCGAAAGCAAUACACGGUAUCGAAGCGGCGGGAGCGUUGGACCGAUGACGAGCACCAGCGCUUCGUGGAGGCGCUGAAACUCUAUGGGCGCGCCUGGAGGAAAAUUGAAGAGUAUGUCGGGACCAAGACCGCCGUCCAGAUCAGGUCACAUGCCCAGAAGUACUUCAACAAGCUUGAGAAAGCCGGCGAUGCCGCCGAGAUCCAGGUCCCCCCUCCACGGCCAAAGCGCAAGAGUGUCACCGCAGCACAGCGCGCGGCUGCGGCUGCAGCGGCUGCAGAGCAGCAGCUGAAUCCGCGCUCGGGGUCGGAGGAGCGCGGCUAUGGUGACCUGCAAGAUGACAAUGACGCGGGAUCCGAAGGAGGCGCCGAGGACGGUGAGCCGGGCUACGGCCAGCACGACCAGAUGGGCAGCCCAGACGACGUGCCGCUGGCCGCAGACCUGCAGGGGCUGCUGCUACAGCCACCUCGCAACGGGGCUGCGGCUGCAGCAGCGGCUGCGGCUGCGGCAGCUGCAGCCGGGGACCUCGGGCCGCUGGCGGCGGCUGCGGGCCUGCCGCAGCUACCGGUGCUGCAGCAGCAACAGCAGGAGCAGUCGGCGGUGAUGCAGCAGCAACUGCAGGAGCUGCAGCAACUGCAGCUGCAGCCGUUCACGGCGCCGGGGCUGAUGCCGUUCCGCGGCGCGGCCGGCGCUGCGGCGGUGCAGCUGCCGGUGCUCGCAGCGGCUGCGGCAGCUGGACAGCUGCUGGCGGCUGCGGCGGCUGGCGCGCUCGCGCUUCCGCCCGCGCCGUCGCCGCCGCCGGUACUGCUUGGCGGUGCACUGCCGCCUGUAGGUGUUGGGGCGCUCGGACAGCAGCCACAGCAACAGCCGCAGCAGGCGACACCGUCAGGCACGACGCUGUCGGCGCAGGCGCCAAUGCAGAUGCAGGCGUCACCGCAGCAGCAACAGUCGCAACAACAGCAGCAGCAGCAAGCGCCAGCCGGAAGCGCUGGCCUCAGUGCCGGUGCAGGCGCCCCCGGCGCCAGCAAUGGUGGCUUCUCGCUCGCUGACUCCAUCGCGCGCAACAUCGCCAUUAACAUGGCCCAGUGGGCGCAGGCGCAGGUGCAGGUGCCCGAUGCGGCGCCCGCUCCCGCCGGCGCCCCCGAUCGGCAGACGGUGGAGGCGGUUGCGGCGGCCGCCGCAGCUGCGGCCGCCGCCGCCGCCACGGCGGUCAUCAGCGCCGCCGGUGAGGCCAUCCAACAGCGCAUCCAGGAGAAGGCUGCAGCCGGCUACCUGCCCUUCCUGGUCCACCCGCUGGCCGAGCUCAUUCCGCCGUCGUUGGCGGCGCGCUCCGGCAGUGCCGCCACCACCUCGGACCAAUCAGCGCCGCCCUGGGCACUGCCGGUGCCGCAGCAGUCGCUGAUGCACGUGCUCGCCGGCUCCGUCAGCACCGGCGGCGGAGCCGCCGGCACGCAUCCGCACAGCGCGCCGCCUGUUUCAUCGCGGCAGCAGCAGCAGCAGCAGCAGCAGCAGCAGCAGCAGCAGCAGCAGCAGCAGCAGCAGCAGCAGCAGCAGCAGCAGCAGCAGACCGCGCCGUUCUCGCUGGGUGCUGCAUCUGGCGGCGCCGCGGGGAACGCGGAGCAGCAGCUAACGGCCACACGCGACGACACGCACACCGGCCAGCACACCGGCGGCACCGGCGGCACCGUCACCGCCACCCCCGGCAGCAGCGCGCAGCAGCAGGGCGGCGCCGUGUCGGGCCCCGGCAACAGCCCGCAGCACAUGUCGGCUAGCUUCGCCGCGGUUGCGGCAGGCGGCGGCAGCGGCGGUGUAGCUAGCGUGAGCAUGGCAGGUGGCCUGGGCCGGCUGCCGUCGAGCAGCCUCGUGGCUAGCUUGGGCGGCCCGUCCGUCAGUCUGGGCGGCGCCGCAGCCAUGAGCCUGGGUGUCGACCUGCAGCCUCCGCAGCUGCUGGCGCCGGUCGCCUCGCCGCCACGGAUGGAGUGGGAGGUGGCGGUGACGGUCGCGCGGGCGUCGCAACAGCAGCUGCAGCUGCAGUUGCAGCAGCAGCAACAGCAACAGCAACAGCGGCAAACGGCGCCGGGCUUCGGUCUCCUGGCACCGCAGCCGAUGGCGCGGGAGGGCUCGGCGGCAGCGGGGCUGCUCCGCACACUCAGCCUGCCGGCGGCUUGGGACAGCGGUGGCGCGGCGGCGCAGGCGGCAGCGGCGCUGCAGAGUCGUGAGGUGCUCAGUCGUCUGGCGGCUGCUUACACCUCCGACGUCCCGCAGCUGCAGGCGGUGGUGGCGGCCACGGCGGCGCAGCAGCAAGGCCUGCCGCAAGGCCUGCUGCAGCCGCAGCCGCAGCUGCUGCAGCUGGUCGAGCAGCUGCCCUCUCGGCCGUCGGUCGAGCUGGCGCAGUCGCCGGUGACACUGCCCGGCGGCGGCGGCUCCAGCUCGGCUUUCCAGGUGCUGCGGCCUGCCACGUCGCAGCAGCAGCUUGAGGUGUCGCUGGACCCCCGGGUGCGGGCGGUGGUGGACCCCCGGCUGCAGCCGCAGCAGCAGCCUCGGCACGUGCGAUCGCAGUCGGCGGCACCGGGCGGUGCGCAGCCUCUGCCGCAGGCACGGGCAGAGGCGCAGGGUCAGCAGGAGGCGCCGGCGCAGGCGCAGGCGCAGGCGCAGGCUCAGCAGGAGGCUCAGGCUCAGGCUCAGGCUCAGGCGCCCUACAUCAAGGCGGAGGUGUUGACGGAGGACGAGGAGCGCGGCCGGGAGCGGGAGCGCGACCCCCACCGCCACCAUCACCAUCAUCACCACCACGCGCACCACCACCACCACCACCACUCCCACCACGGCUCCAACCACGGCGGGACGUACGGCGGCGCUCACUCCCGCGGCAUCGGCUCCAGUGCCGAGCCGGAACGCGGCAGCCGGAAUCCAGUGGACCGGCGGUCACGGUCCGUGGCUAGCAUUCGCAGCGGCGGCGGGUGCGAGGAGCGCCAGAUGCAUAGCGGUAGCGGCGGAGGAGCAGGAGGCAACGGCCUGACGCGCAUUGGCGCCGCUGCCGCCGCCGCAGCUGCCGCUGUUGCUGCUGCUGCUGAGGAGGCGGCAGCUCAGGAGCAGGUGGACAAGUCGUCUGGUGCCAGUGGCUGUGAUAACGGCUCCCCCGCUGUUAGCCCCGAUCCAAGGCAGCUGCCGCUAGCGGUGCGCGGCCACGGCAUCAGCCCUAGCGCCGGCGCGGAGGGGCAACUGGCGCACGCCGGCGGCGGUGGCACGACCGGCGCGCGCGUGCGCUUCGAGGCACACGUCCGCAGCUCGACCAGUGAGGGCCGCGCGCACACAGGCCAGCAGCCGCAGGCGACGGCGGCGGCGGCUGUUGCUGCUGCCGCCGUCGCGGGCGCGGGCCACCGCGCCACCGCGCACCGCCACGGCGUGCACUCCUCUCACCGGCACCGCAGCAGCGGCGGCCGCGGCUCUGCCGCCGCCGCCGCCGCCGCCACAGCCGCGGCCAGCGGCGCCAUGGACACGGACGCCUCCGCCGAGCCCGGCGGCGGCGCCCGCCACCGCGCCGGCAGCCGUGCCGCCUGGCUGAUGGACGACUACGGCGCCGCGGCCAGUGGCGAUGGCGCCUACCAGCUGGGGCAGCUGCAGUACCUGCCGCAGCAGUUCAUGCCGCAGCAGUCCGGACCCGACAACGGCGGCCUCAGCGGCACCACCGGCUCCGCCUUCAACAGCCUGCAGGAGGUGCUGCAAGGCCCCGACCCGGCAGCCAUGGUGCCGCUGCUGGCGCCCACCAGCGGCGUUGGCGCCUGCGGCGUGCAGGACGCCGCCACGACGGCGCAGCUGGCGCGGCUGCAGCUGGGCGCGGCGCACCGCAGCCAGGCGGCGGAGCGCCGCGUGGCAGCGGCGGAGCGGGCGGCGGCGGCGGAGCGCGCCGCGGAUGGCGAGGGACAGGAGGGCGGCUCCGGAGGUAAUGGUGUGACGGACGUGAACACCUACAUCCGCGGUGACUACAGCUUACUGUCGCCCUCCGGCGGUAACGGCGGCAGCGGCGGGUACGCAGCACAGCUGGCCGGUGCUGUCGCUACCGCAGCCGGUAGCGGCGGCGGUGGCGGCAGCGGUGGAGGUAGUGGCGGCGGCGGCGUGCCGCUGUCGUCGUCUGGUCCCAGCUCGGUGCCGUCGACGCAGCAGCAGGGCGCCAAUGGCGGCGCCGCCACAGCCAUGGCGGCGCACCGGCACAGCGCGCAGCAGACCAAGCAGCGCGCCGCCGCCGCUGCGGCAGCCGCAGCCGGCGCAGGCGGCAGCGACGGCAACGGCGCCGGUGCCAGCAACGAGAUGCAGCAGGGGUCAAACCAGAACGCAGGCUCCGGCGCAGGCUCAGGACAGGCCGGCGAGGCUGCUGGCGGGGUUGCACAGGCGACUGGUGUCGCGCUGGCGCUGCCUCCGCCGCUGCCGCGCUCGCUGCUGCACGUGGCUGCGCGCCAGGGCGCACCCGAGGCGCCUAGCGCUGAGCGGGCGGAUGCCGUUGGGCAGGGUGCUUGCGGCGGCGCAGCUGGGCUGAAUGCAGUGAGCCCCACUGCUGGGCAGCCUGGCGGCGGCUCCAACACCGGCAGUGGCAGCGGCGAUGGCAGCGGCGCCGGCGGGCCGCCGGACGUCUACCAGAGCAGCGGUCCCACCGGCCUUGCUCGUGCGGCUGCGCACGCGGCGGGACUGCGACAGGAGACGCCGCCAACCGGCGUGUCAGCCGGCACACGGCGCGGCGCAGGUGGCAGCGGCAGCGGCAACGCCGAUGGCGGCGGCGGCGCUACGGGAUCAGGCUCAGGAGCAGGUCAGGGCAGCAACCCGAGCGGUAAUGGCGCGGGCGAGGGCUCCGGCUCCGGCGCUGCGCCCGCCGCCGGCACUGCCGCCGGCGCGGCCAACACCGGCGGCGUUGGCAGCACGCAGGCGGCGGCAGGGCCUCACGCGCUGCAGCAUCCCCACGCCCACGGCAACGCGCACCAGCAACAGCUGCAGCAAGUGCAGCUGCAACAGCAACAGCAGCAACAGCAACAGGGCUCGGGAUCCGGCGGCGAGCGCGGUGGCUCCGGCUCUGGCGCGGGCUCCGGCUCGCGUGUGGGCUCCGGCGUCCCCGCCGGCACCUACGCCGCUCGUGAGGCUAUGCCGGGAGCCUCCGGCAUUGGCCGCCACGUGCCACCGUACGUGGUCGCGGCGCAGCGCGCGCAGCACGAGCGCGUGGAGGCCGCCGCCGCCAAGGCCGCCGCCGCCACCGUGGGCCGCGACGGCGAAGCCGGCCAGGCUGACGGCAGCAAACCCAUCAGCAGCCCCGAGGCGGACGCCGAGGGCGCGCUUCUGGGCAGCGGCGGCGGCAGCGGUGGUGGCGCGGUGGUAGACUUGGCUGUAGCGCUGCGGCACAAGCAGCGCGGCAGCCCCGGUGGAAGCGGGGGCAUGAUGGGGUCGCAGGCGCGCGGCGAUUCGCCCGCGGCGGCUCUGACGGACCCGCGCCUGCUCCAACGUGGCGGCAGCGCGCUGGCACUGGCGGCAGGCGCCGCCGGCCGCGUGGCGUCGCCGCCGCCGAACGGCCAGUCAACGCUUCCGGUCCCCGGCGAUACCCUUGCGCUCCUACACCAGAUGCUGUCGCAGCAGCAACAGCAACUGCAACAGGCGCAGGCGCAGGUGGUGCAGCAGCAACAGGCGCAGGCGGCGGCGGCCGCCGCCGCUGGCCAGGACGGCGGCGCCGCCGCCGUCGGCAGCCUGGCGCCGAUGGCGCCGCCCCCGCACGGCCUCAUGACCACCCUUGCUGGCCUCAGCGCGGGCACGCAGCUCGCCGCCACAUUGCUCGCGCUCCACGAGCAGCAGCAGCAACAGCAGCAGCAAGAGCAGCUGCUCGCAACCAACCGCGGCGGCGGCUCCGCCGCCGCGGGCGCUGGACGCUCCAACGGCUUCCUGAGCCUGGCGGCGGCCGCCGCCGACCCCACCAGUAGCGGCGGCGGCAGCAGCGCGACGGCGCCGCCGCCGCUGAUGGCGCUGGGCCCAGGUGCGCUGACGGCGCUGCUGCCGUACCUCACCGGCGAGCGGCCAGUGGAGUCGGAGCACGUGGCACGGCUGGAAGAGGUGGCGAGGGCGCUGCAGUACGCCAGCUCGCUGGCAGGGCCGCUGGCGGCGGUGCUGCACCCGCCCGGAACCAGUGGCGGUGGCGCCGUAGACGCCCCUCCCACCGACCCACGCCGACCAGACCUGGCGGCGCUUUUUAGCAGCGGCGGCGGCGGCGGCGGCAGCAGCACCACCAGCCGUCUAACGGCCGAUGUGUUAGAUGUCAUGCGAGGUGCUGGGCCUUCUCGGCUCCUCGGCCCGCCUGCUGCACAGCUGGCCAGCGCGCGCGACGGCCUGCCCUCGUCUGACCUGGCGGCGGCGGCGCUGAUGGCGCAGUGGCAGAACGCCGCCACCAUGUACGGCCUGCAGCCACUUUUGCGCACCUCCAGCGCAGCCGCGGCCGCAGCCGCGGCGCCCGGCAGCGCCACCAGCGGCGGCAGCGCGGCGGCUCCGCCGCCGCCGUCUUCCGCCGCUGCUGCGGCGGCGCUGCUCGGCUUCCCGCCGCAUCCGCUGCUCAUCCAACAGCACCACCUGCAGCAGCAGCUGGCGGCGUCGGGCCAGGCUCAGGCGGCGGCCUCCUACUUGCAAAGCCUGGGCCUGGCCUCAGGCCUGGGACUGGGAUUCAACAUGGCAGCCAACAUGGGCAGCCGCAGCGCGCUGGGUGCCCUGAGCCUUGGGCCCAUGGGCCUCAGCCUCCCAACCUUUGCAAGCGGCGGCGGCGGUGGCAAUGGGACCGCCUCCGGCGGCGCGCUGGGCGCGGCGGCGGCGGCCGGUGGCGGCGGCGGCGCGGAGCAAAGCCCGCGGCCGUCUGCCGGCACGAUUGGCAGCGGCGGCGGUGUGCACGGCCUGAUGCCGGCGCCGACGCGCAGCCACCACCAGCAGCACUCGCACCAGCAGCACCAGCAGGCAGCGGGCGCCCCGUCGGACCCACGCCUCAGCGGCGGCAACCCCCGCCGCGGCAGCGGCGACGGCGCGGUUGGCUUCAAGCCGCCGCGGCCGUUGGCCAGCCUUGGCGGCGUGGACGGCAGCGGCGGUGUUGCGCGCGGCCUCGGCAGCGGGCCCAGCAUGAGCGGCGAGAAGCUCGCUGCCGCUGCGGCGGCAGCCGCUGCAGCCGGCGGCAAUGGCGGCACCAGCAAGCGCAGCCUGAAUGAGCUGUACGGUGCGCUCGUGGCCGCAGGCGCGGGUGCCGGCGGUGCUGCGGGCGGCGGCGGCGGCGGCAGCGGCCAAGGUGUCCAGCGCAGCGGCCGGCAGCGCAACGGCCGCCGGCGCCACCACCGCGGCCACAGCCCCACGCGCAGCGUGGGCAGCGGUGCGAGCAGCAGUGGCUUCCACUGCGGCGACAAGAGCGGUGGAGAGGAGGCGAACUAUGGCCCCCGGCCGUCUCGCGAGUACAAGGAGGGGUCUCCCCAGGGUGGAGGCGCGGUGGAGCAACAGGACACGGCAACUAGCAGUGGGCGCGAGGAGCAGGGCAGCGCCGGCGCCGCGCGCGGCUGCGGGGCUGCAGGUGAGGUCGGCACCGCCGGCCAAUCUGGCGGCGGCGCCGGUGGUGGCGCUGCCGCCGCCAAUGCGGCGGCCGCCGCCAAUGCGGCGGCUGAUGGCGGCGGUGGCAUGGCGCUGCCUCCCGCCAAGCACGCCCGCCAUGACCUGAUGACGGGGCCCAACGGCAAGCUGGCGGCGGCCGCCGGUCACGGUGGCGGCGCCGGCGGCGCCUCCGGCCAGGGCACGGGCGGCGCCGCCGCCAAGGCUGCGGCACAGCGGCCGCCCAAGGACGCCACGCCCAGCAGCGGCGGCGGCAGUGGCGGCAGCGGCGGCGGCAGCACUGGCGGCAACAAGAGCGGCACCAGCAAUGACGCGUACGACGGCUCGAUGAACGCCUCUGACGAGGGCUCAAAUGAGCCCGGCAGUGCGCCGGCGGACGGUCCCAUGGGCCAGGCGCUGGCGCCGUCGGAUGGCAUGGGCAUGCUGGGCGCCGGUGACCCCGGCCUGAACGUCCAGGGCAUGCAGAUGCCUGGCGCCGGCAUGAUGGGCGCCGGCGGCGCGCGGUCGUUCUCCGUGGCUCAGCCCGAGCCCGGGCCGGGCCACGCGUCCAUCAUGGCAGCCCAGCCUGGCGGAUGUGGAGGCGGAGGCAGCACUGGCGUUGCAGGCGCGGGUGCCGGUGCCGGAGGCGGCGCGGCAGGUGGUGGUGGCGGUACGGCCGGCCAUAAGCGCGUCCGGUACGACGCCGGCCCGGCUGGCGGUGGAACUGCUGCCGCCGCCGGCGCCCCUGCGGCGGGUGCGCCGCUGACGCCCGCUGCUGCGGGCGCGGCCGGUGCCAUGCAGCAGCGGGCGGGCGCGCUGCAGGCGGACGGCGCCGGCACCGGCACCAGCAGUCCCUCAGAGACCGGCGGCGGUGACGACAGCCGUGGUGCUGCACAGCCGCCGCACAAGGUGCAGCGCACCAAUGCCGGCGGUGCCGCCGCUGUUGCGGAGGCGGGCGCGGGCGGCGCAGCCGGCCACGCCGCGGAUGCCUGUGACGGCAACAACCGCUCCGGCGGCAGCGCCGGCGCUGGCUCCGGACAGGCGCAGUCGGGUCGCGGCCGCUUCGCCGCGCCGCCAUCCAACCAGCAGCAUCCGCAUGGCGCCGCGGCGGCGGCCGCCGCCGCUGGCGGUGCCGGUGGCGGCGCCGCCCAGCGCACCUCCGGCUCCCUGCCGUCGCACCUUGGCUACGUCCUUGAGCAGGCCAGCAGCAAGCAGGGCGGCAACGACGGCUCCGGCAAUAACAACAGCGGCACCGGCCCCCGGUCAGGCGUUGGGUCGAAUGAGGGCGGUGCUGCUGGCGGUGCCGGUGGCAGCCGCAGCGGCGAGGGCGGCAACGGCAAUGGUAGUCAGGGCAAUGGCGGCAGCCACGGCCACGGCGGCAGCCACGGCAACGGCCAAGGCAGCAAUGCCAACGGCAGCCACGGCCAUGGCAGCAACGGCAAUAACGGUCACGGCAGUAAUGGCAACGGCGCAUCAACCAACCUUCCGGGCGGCGCUCCGUAUGCCUACUUCCGCACGCCGCUGUCGCUGCAGCAGCAACCUCGCGGCGGCGGCGGCGGCGGCGGUGGCGGCGGUGGUGGCGGCGCUGGCUCAGGCGGCAGCGGUGGCUCGGGUGGCAACCGCGGUGGCGGGGCUCAGGGCAGCAACGGUGGCAACGGCGACGGCGCGGGCAGUGGCGGCCACGGCAGUGGCGCGCACGACGGUGCCAGUGGCGGCGCAGCCGGGCCAUCGCCCUAUGACGCUGGCGCGCCCACCUCCGGUGCCGCGGCCGACCACAUGCACCGCCACCUGCACCACCACCACUUCACCCACGCCCAUCACCACUACGGUGGAGGCGGAGGCGGCGGACCUCAGGAGGGCACAAGCAUGCGCACGCCCCUGCCGCUCCAGCCGCAGCAGCCGCAGCCGCAGCCGCAGCAACAGCAGCAGCAGCAGCAGCAGCAGCAGCAGCAGGCGGGCACUGGCGCAGCCAAUGCAGGCCAGGGGAUGGCGCUGGCAGCGGUUGCUGCAGCCGCAGCCGCUGCUCCUGCUGUCGCUGGCACAAGCGGCGGUGCGGCGGUUGUCGCCGCCGCUGCCGCCGCUGCCGCCGCCGUGUCUCAGCAGCAGCCGGUCCAUGUGGAGGGCCAGGGCCAGGAUGGCAAUGAGCCCAUGCUGCAGGACGGCUAGUCGCGCAGCUUUGUAUCUCGUUGAUUGCCAUUGUUGGGUAUGCGCGGGCUUGCUUGUGCUUAGCUACGCGUUUCGUAUUGUGCCAAAUUACAAGGCGUUGGCACACGGAAGAUUGCAGAUUUUGUCCUGGGGUCAGCGGUUCUGGGCAGUGAUAGCAAUCAGCUGCGGCGUGCGACCCUGCGGAAAGCGGGGUUCGCCAGCACCAUUCGCUGGUUUGCGAGUGCGGAUAUGGGGCGUGUUGUAGCCAACGAACGAGGUGGUUGCAGCGCAUGACGCAAACGUGCGCAUGUGGCGCGUGUGAGGGGUUGCCCCGAGACAGCAGGCGGCUGUUGCGCACGAAGCGUUUGCCGCGUUCAUGCGGCUUGAGAUAUGCUUCUAUGCAUCUUGCAUGAGGGCCGCCAGCUGUUUCGAUGCACGCAAUUGAGUGAUGCGUGCAAGGAGAUUGCAACAAAGAGAGUAUGUGUCUGGUGCAUGGGUAUUGCAUUUGCAUUAGUAAUGCUGGAAUGUACGUCAAAAGGCUAUCCAGCCACUACUUGUGCCCCUGGUGCAACCUGUAUGUACCUGCUAUUGUGUUGAGAGAUCUUAUGCCAAUAUUUGCAGUAUUAAGGCAAAGUGCCUUUGAGCCUUUUGAGGGGACGCGACGCAGUUCCAUGCGAUGCGAUAAGAGGGGUGCGGAGAGGACACGAGGGAGAUGAGUGGAGGGAAAGGACGACGAUGCGCGCGACUGCGAGUGGCACCGCUGCGUGUGUUCGCCUUGGUGAAUAUACUCGCACACGGCCACACAUAUGUCACAACCUCAUGCCACUCGGCCAGCAGAGUGGCAGAGGCAGUGAAUGGCGAUGAUGGGAGGGCGGGACCCGUCGCCUUGGCAGUUUAAUUUUGUAGGCGCGGUUGGGCAAGCGGUCUCACCUGCAAGCCAUUAGAAUUGUGGCCCGGGUAAGGCGCAUGGCGUUCGACUCGCGAGGUGUUGACAGGCAGACAGAGAGACGGGGAAAGGAGCCGGCAUCGAGUCGGAGGUGCACCAUUUGGGUGUGGCUCAGGCGGGCAUCAAUAAUAACUAGGUCAGUAGCAAGGCCCCGAGGGAUGGGUCCGUGAGGAGGUCUCUGCAAUACUGCUACUACCGGUUUUGGCCUGACAGCACUGUAGGCGGCCGUUGGAGUGAGAACGGGUUUGCGCACACGUGGCGCUUGGCUAGGAGUGCGUAAGGCACAGUGGACGGUAUCUCACACAAUUUUGUCCAGCCGAUGAUGUGAAGCACCGGGUCAUGCAUCGGCUCGCCAAGCCCUGCCUUAGUAUCAUUCCAAAUGCGUGACGAGAGGUUGCAACCGUACAGAAUGCAUGAGCGCGAGAGCGAGAGCGAGAGCAAGUGCAAGAGCGUGAGUGACGGCGUCCAGAUGUGCGUGUGUGGGUGUCUUGUGGUCCGUGUCAGGGCGCGUGUGUUUCGAAUUUGCGCUAGGCAGGCAUGGACAUGUUGCUUCGCGCAUUACCAAAAGGUUUGCGCAACAAACGAGAGCUUGCCUAGCGGUAGAGCACUUGUCUGCAUCUGAUGGCGCGCUAUCGAGAAUAUGCAUGGAGGUUGGGGCCAAUAAAGCGCCGUAGCAUUGAUGCAGGAGAAGGUAGUGAGACGCGGACAUAGUUAUGUGGGCAUGAGGGAGAGCACUGUUAGCUGCGCACGUUGCAUUCAGUACAAUUGUGCGCAGCGGCCAUCGAUGCAUCGUGGUCCUUACCAAGGAGAAGGACCAGGAGUACCGUGAGUACCUGGAAGGACCGUGAGUAGAUUCCCCUGCUGAAUGCCCCCAUGAACGGGGCGUGCAAGACGAAGUGUGUUCCACACUCCCACGGCAUUGCCGUGCCAGGAAGAGACAAGAGACUCUGUGGGAUGCAUGCACCAGCAGGCCCGUGCGUCUGUGACCAUGACCCCAUGAGCGGUGGGUUGUGUAACCAGCACCUCGC